UAUAAGCGAAAAUAAAUAUUAAUAGUUAUCCACACCACACACCAAUUUGAUUGCGCUUUAGUUGAGUUGGGUGUAUGGGAGCCUUUCAUUGGUUUGAUGGUCCAAAACCCUCCCAUAUAUGCCUCCAUCUCCAUUUCAUUUGAAUGGGCAAUGAACGAUUUCUCCUCCGGAUUCCAUCCCCCCGCCGUCCCAGGCCAUGAAACCAAACUAUCCGCAGAAGAAAAACAACCAGCCGCUCGUUGUGAGUGGGAUUUUUCACUCGCCACCGUUGUCUCCUCCACCGCCAACGCCACCGUCUCUGACACCCUUGGAGUCAUCGAAUUCGACCCUUCUAAUACCAUCUUAGCAACCGGAGGGAUUGCAAGGAAGAUUAGGAUUUACACUUUGAAUUCUUUGUUGCGGCCUCAAGAAGAGACUGUCCAUUCUCAAGGUAAGCACCAAAGUAUUGCGUUUCUAGACCAUACUAAUGCGUGUGAUAAUUGCAUCUUUACCCCAGCUAAGCUUAGUAGCCUUAGGUGGAAACCCGGGACCGGAGGCCGCAUCUUGGGUUCCGGAGACUACGACGGUGUGGUCAUGGAGUAUGAUAUAGAGACGAAGUUGCCAAUCUUCGAACGUGACGAGCAUGGUGGGAGGCGGGUUUGGAGCGUCGACUAUUCUCAUUCGGAUCCGUUCCUCGGGGCAUCUGGCUCGGACGAUGGCACCAUGCAAAUGUGGGACCCACGCUGCGGCGAAGGAGGGGGAAGUGUGGCUAAGGUGCAGCCCACGAAGUCACGCAGCUCGGUUUGUUGCGUGGAGUUCAACCCCUUCGGAGAUGCAUUGAUAGCCACCGGAUGCGCCGACAAGAAGGCCUACGUCUAUGAUGUACGGAAAAUGGUGGAGCCCGUACACAUUUUCGAUGGACAUACGAAAACCAUAACAUACGUUAGAUUUCUGAAUGCCCAAACACUGGUUUCCGCUGGAACCGACGGGUGUUUAAAACUAUGGAAUAUCGUUGAUUCUCGUUUACUUAGAACAUACAAAGGGCACGUAAACAGUCGGAGCUUUGUGGGGUUGUCAGUUUGGAGGCAUGGAGGGUUGCUUGGAUGCGGAUCAGAAAAUAACCAGGUGUUCGUUUAUGAUACCAGGUGGGGUGAGCCCAUUUGGGUGCAUGGCUUCGAGCCUGUGGGUAGAGAUAGCUCCGACCAUCAGCAUGCUUUCGUCAGCAGUGUGUGCUGGAGGCAAGUCAAUGAAGACCAGUGCACACUUGUUGCAGGUGGUUCCAAUGGGGUUUUACACGUUUUCGUGGGCAAGAGGAAAUCUGAUUCAGAGUAGCCCAUGUUUGGAAACAUGACCUUCCUUUUCCUCUCAUUUUAGGGAUCUUAUAUUACUCCAACUAAAAUUUUCAUGUCCAUCAAGAAUGUAAUAUUCAAAGUUGAAUCUGCAUUCUCCAUAUUUUACUGUUGUAGCUUAUACUUUUCGGUUGAAUUAUAAGAUUUGACACUAUUAUUUAAUUAAUUAAGAAAAAAAAGGGAUGGAGGCCCAUCAAAGGAAGGCAGGAAGAUGAGAUUAUAUGUACUAGGCUUUGUUUUUGUUUUGAUAUGAUUUGUUUGAGAUCUGCAACCAGCUGGUCAAUAUGAAAGCACACCUACUUGGAGUUGACA